AUGCAAGAACUUGGUGUGCAUUUUCAAUUGGAUUUCCGAUGCUCUGUUAGAAAUUACUGUUAUUGUGUCGAUUAUCGUGCCGGUUCCCGUUUUAUUCUAUCUGAAACAAAAACGAAUAAUAUGAGAAAAUUGAUAUUUUCAACCUCUGUUUAUAUCCCCUUGGUACUUUUGCUACUUUCAAAUCAAUUUUUAUCAUUUUCUUAUGUAGAGGUUCUCAAACUAAUCGAUUUUGGAUCUAUUGUAAGCAAAAUUUAUGAAUUGGUUCCUUUUUUUUUCUUAAAAUUUUAA